CGAUGCUUUGUUUGUCCAUCAUGUUCCUGCUUACAGUGCUAUUACGAAAAAGAGAGUAGGAUAAUCGUAGAGAUAGAUGAGCGUCGAGCCUGUUGAUGGAUAAUUUAUCUUGGGCCGAGAGCUUUGAAGACGCAAGGCCCCCACAGAUCAACGGCCACGAAUGUAUGGAUUCUCACCUUGGCCUUUCUAACGGCAAUGAGCCAUUUGCAUAGCUGCUACCCCGACGGCUUGUCAUUGGGGUAUUGGUCUAACGUUGUCAAGUGAAAACGAUGAUCGGAGGGCUUACCCAAGAUCAUCGACCACGUGAGAUCAUUCCGGACAGUUCCGCGGUUCAACGAGCUCUGAUAUCCUUCAACACGAUCUUUGCAUCUAGAUUUGUAGAGAGGAUGGCCGCAACAGCUCAGAAAGGGCCUGCACCUAGGACGUUCAGCCUCCAAUCGAAGCUGCCGCGUCUUCCCAUCCCGUCCUUGGAAGAAACAGCUGAACGCUAUCUCCAAACGCUGCGUCCGGUGCUCACCGAGGAAGAAUUCGCACACUCUGAGGCAGCAGUUCGCGAAUUCAUCAAGCCAGGCGGGUUGGGGCAUACUCUCCAACAACGAUUGAUUGAGCAUGACAAGAAUGAGCCCAAUUCGUGGUUGGAGAGAUGGUGGUUGCGACUAGCGUACCAUUCGUGGAGGGAAGGUUUAAUGGUCAACUCCAACUGGUAUAUGUUGGGGAGAGAUCACCCGGAGACUCCAAAAGAGCUAAUAACCGAGAAGAGCUCUGCGCGAAAGAAUGGACAAUACACAGAUUUCCAGUUGCGUAGGGCUGCUGGGCUCAUUACGAAUCUGUUGGAUUACAAAAACUUGCUUGAUACCGAGACCCUCCCCGUCGACAUGACCCGAGCUGGACCUCAGGACAUGAACCAGUACCGUCACAUUUUUGGUAUUACGCGAGUGCCCAAAGCAGAAUGUGACAUCAACGUUGGGUCUCACCCAGCACAUGCCAAGCAUAUCGUUGUACUGGUUCGGGAUCAAAUUUAUGCCGUUGAUGUUUAUGAUGCAAACAAUGGCGAACGGGUGUCGAUCAGGGAUAUCGAAAAACAGCUGAAGACUGUUGUGCAAAGCGUUACACGAGCGAAAGAGAUGCAACCGCCAAUAGGCUUAUUUACCGCCAUACAUCGCGACAAAUGGGCCGAGAUGCACAAGCAUUUGGAAGACUUGAGUGCUGUCAACAGAGAAUCCUUCAAAACCAUUGAGACUGCGCUCUUCGCUGUCUCCUUGGAUGAUUACUGUUUGCCUUUGCAUGUAGAGUACCUUGCAAAAAACACCUUCCACGCCAUGAAUGGACAUAAUCGCUGGUUUGACAAGUCGAUUUCGGUUUGCAUGAUGAACGAUGGGCGUACUGGCGUGAACGGGGAGCACUCUCCCUGUGACGCUUUGGUCCCGGCAUUGAUGGUCGACUACCUUGUCCAACACGAGCCUGCCAGUGAUCCACCAACUGCCAAGUCCAACCCUGUGAUGAGACACCCGAGACAGCUGACAUGGCAGAUCGACGCAAAGAUCACAGAGGGUUUGAAAGAAGCAAAGGUCUUUAUUGAAAAGACCAUUGCCGACAGCGAUGUACGAAUCUUGCAUUACUCGGGAUACGGAUCAGAUUUGAUGAAGAAGAGUGCUAAAGUGAGCCCGGAUGCCUACAUGCAAAUGGCGUUGCAGCUUACGUUUUACCGCCUGCACGGGAAGUGCGCUGCUGUGUAUGAGACAGCCAGUACCCGACAAUUUCUUCAUGGGCGCACCGAGACGUGCCGCUCGCUGUCUUCCGACUCAAAAGCGUUUGUUGAAGCAUUCGAUCAGCGCAAUGUUUCGGCACAAGAAAAAUAUAAUCUGCUACAAAAGGCCUGCACGUCUCAUGUUCAAUACCUUUCCAUUGCGGGACAAGGACGCGGAGUGGAUAGACACCUCCUGGGUCUACGGAUGUGCAUGAAAGAUGGUGAAAGUGCAGAGAUCUUCAAGGAUCCUGCGUACGGCAAGUCAAGUUACUGGCAGCUGUCUACAAGUGGAUUGUUCCCUGGUGAUCGGAUCUUGGGAACAGGAUUUGGCGCUGUGUACCCCGAUGGAUACGGUAUGAACUAUAUGAUUGCAUCCAAAAUCAUCAAAAUCGGCGUCGAGAGUAAGAAUUCGUGCAAGGACACUUCCAGUGGAAAGUAUAUAGAAACAUUAGCCUCCGUUCUGACUGACAUGGCUCAGGUGUGCGUCAAUGUGAAUGGUACUGGAGAUGCGAAAGCAAAACUGUAGACGGGUUUAGAUGAUAGUUUAGGACGACAGUGAUAGCAUUGUCUAUUUCUAUUGAUUUCUAUGGCAUGAAUGGAAGGAAUCUUUCUCGAUGCAUUAGUUGUCAGCUGACGAGACUUUGUCUUUAAAUUGCGGCCAUCAUCUGCAAAAAAAAAAAUAUCUGGCGUGUGAUAGUACCCCAUAUACAUUCAUUUCUCUUCCUUUGUAAAAAGAAUUAAAUACAGCAA